AUGAGAUCCAUAUAUGCUGUAGCUGCCCUCCUCUCUUUUUCCGUGAGGGGCUUGGAUGAUAAAGAUAUUGAGCCGAGGCCCAGUGUCACGGCUUACACUGACGCUGUCAGAACCGAACGCAGAAAACCUUUUGAUAAAGAUUUUGAGCCGAGGCCCAGUGUCACGGCUUACACUGACGGUGUAAAAACCGAACGCAAAAAGUCUUUUGAUAAAGAUUUUGAGCCGAGGCCCAGCACUACAGCUUACACUGAUGAUGUCAAAACUGAGCAUAAAAAAUCUUUUGAUAAAGACUUUGAGCCGAGGCCUAAUGUUUCGGCAUAUGCGGAUAAUGAUGCUGUGGAGAAGGUAAACAAUGUGAUUGAGAAAGAUUUGGAGACCCGGGAAAAUGGUUCUGUUUAUGAGUAA